UUUUACAGUAUUUAGAGAUUCAUAUAAUUAUUCUACAAACGCCAUCAUUUCAUUUUAGAAUAUCGCUCCAAUUUUUCCCAAGCCACAUAUUUUCUGACCGUUUACUAUUUUUAAGCUAGUUAUCGUUAACUUUUUUGGCUAUUAUGAGCUAAUUAACCAAAAAUAUCAUUCCAAUUUCAUACGAUUCAGUUUUUAAAACUUUUGCUAGCUCUUCACUAUUAAUUUCGGGUUUAAUUUUGCUUCAAAGUUAUGAAUCUUCAACGAAUGAAAGGCUGUCAUAGCCGAAUCGCUCGCUACUGCAAGUUCGGUUUAGUCGAAAUGCAUGAAUUCGAAACUUGGAUCGCACACCUCUCGUUUGAAAUCAACCAAGUCGUCUCGGCAUCUACUACUAACAUUUCGAGAGCGGUUAUCGACUCGGAUCCGAAUUCAGUGUUUCCUAUUGAGGAAGAAGAAAUGGCUGACUCUGAUUGGUCGGUUCUGUGUGACGAGUUUGAUGCACGGUACGAGAGGUUCUGGGAUAUGCUGCUGGUUGCAAGUUGGGUUCAAAUUCUGAUCUGCGUUCUCGGAAUACUUAUCAAUUGCAUUUUUUUGACAGUUGUGUAUAAGCGGAAGCUGACUUCAUCAACAGACGUGUACUUCCUCAACUUCGCCAUCGCAGACCAGUGCAUCUGUCUUUCUGUCAUCAUCAAAGUCCUCCCCUCUUUCUCCUCCCAUCCCACUGUAGUUCAGGUGACGUCAUCAAGUCUGUGGACAGUGUCAGUCGACUGUUUCCUACAGUCAAGUCUCUAUGCGGCCAUGGCAGUUUCGGCCUGUUUUACCCUGGAGAGGGCACUGGCAGUGUGUGACCCCCUGAAGAGCCUGAGUCUGUGCACGAGGAACAAGAGUGUCAAGAUAUGCAUACUAGCAUGGACAAUGUCCAUAGUCUACAAUCUAUGUGUGGCCGGAAUGAAGAUGGCCGUCUACCAGUUUUUCCCAAGACGAACAAUGAUUUUCGACGAGUCUCUUUUCGUGUUGGACAUCACUCUGUUUUACAUAGCACCCUUCGUGCUUUCAUCCGUCUGCUACUGGCGCAUUAUCCGAGCCCUCCGAGCUCGAGCCAGAAUGUUCGCCAUCGGAACAGUCCAUGGCUACAACCCGAAUGCAAACUCGAACGCGAACAACCUACCGCGUACAGCUGGAGGCAAAACAAAUCGCCCCGGGACAAAAAUGAAUGCUGGAGUUCCUCGUCGUUUGGCUCAAAAGCAGCUCGCGAACGAAGCCGAGUCGAGGAACGACAAUGGUCAAAGCAGAUCAUCAUGUUCGAUGAUUUCGCCAGCGAGCGAUAUAAUCCGAGACGCGGAGUCGCCAUCAGCACCCCGUUCGAACCCUGUGAAAGAGCCGACCCAUCAACACAUGUCGGCAAAUCGCAAGGUCACGCGUCUCAUGUUUAUGAUCAUGCUCUCAUUCAUCCUGCUCCUGUCCCCCCACCGACUGUGGAAUUUGGCCCGCUUCUUCUGCCCCGAGCUGGCCUCCUUCACCACCAAACAUCUCCUCAACCAGAUCGCAAGCAUCGUUUACACGUGCAACAGUAUCGUCAACCCACUCAUUUGCUGUCUCGCAUCAGAAAUAUACAGACAACAACUGAAGAUGAUGUACAGCAAUGUCCGACAAGAGAAGACUAGUUGUCCGACAGCCACGACAGCAGCCACGAACAAAGGUGUGAGCAAACCAGUGCCCACUGCCAAAUUAACACGUGACCUCAAUAACUACAGGCGAGGGGGAAGAGGUUCCGACACAAACGAGUUUUCACAAUUGUAGACAAACAUAUUAAACAAUAAUACAUAUGAAAAUGCUCAAAGGCUACUUUCCAC